CAUCUCAAUCUGCGCGCAUCUGUGCGCUAAAACGUGACGUCUUUUCCUGUAACGUCGCUUUCUGAAAAGAACGCGAUGGGACGUUACUCUCAUGAACCGAGCAAUGCGACGAAGUCGUGCAAGGCGCGUGGUUCCAAUCUACGCGUGCACUUCAAAAACACUCAUGAGACAGCGCGUGCGAUCAAAAGCAUGACUCUCCGAAGGGCACAGAAGUACCUGAAGAAUGUAAUCGAAUACAAGGAAUGUGUUCCUUUCCGCAGAUUUAACGGAGGUGUGGGAAGGUGUGCUCAAGCAAAACAGUUUGGCACAACUCAAGGACGUUGGCCAAAAAAGUCUGCCGAGUUUUUACUGCAACUUUUGAAAAAUGGAGAGAGUAACGCCGACUACAAAGGACUAGAUGUAGACCGACUAGUAAUUGAUCACAUCCAAGUAAAUCAUGCUCCUUGUCUUCGUAGGAGAACAUACAGGGCUCACGGUCGCAUCAAUCCUUACAUGAGCUCACCGUGCCACAUUGAGGUUAUAUUAACCGAAAAGGAAGACGUGGUGACGAAAGCCACGGAAGAAGAACCAUCUAAAAAGAAACUCAGUAAGAAGAAGCUGGCUCGUCAGAAAGAGAAGAUGAUGAGGGAAUAAUUCUGUGAUUCAUCUUCAGAUACUACGAGAUCAGCUGUACACUUAAGAAAUAAAGUUUACAUUGUUCUCAAAAA